AUGACGAUCACCCCCGUGGGCCCGGCCACCAAGGAGGGCUUCACCAUGGCCGUCAAGAUGCCCCCCGGCAGCAUGGGCGACUACACAUUCGAGUACCGCGCCCCGUCCCUGGUCAGGUACCACUUCCCUGGCGUGACCAUGCUGCUCUACGCCACGCCCACUGGCAAGGGCACCUCGCGCGUCAUCAUGAGCUUCGUUGGGCCCAAGG